AUGAUAUGUUCAGAGUUCAAGUGCCAAUGGGCUGAUACUCGUGAUGUUCGAGGAUGUAAGAAAGAUGAUCUUGGUCGCACAAUGGUAAAUUUUUCCCGUUUGAUACACACUGGAAAUGGUCAAGACGAUGAACCUUAUGUGUUGGCUUUACAGGCUAGGCUAGUUUAUUAUGUAGAAGAUCCAAAGGAAAAAGGAUGGUGUGUUGUUGUUCAUGUCAAACCAAGAGACUUGUAUGACAUGGGUGAUCCCAUUGCUUCAGAAGAAGAUGAUAUUAUGAUUGAAGAGCUUCCUGUUCAAACUGUGUUAUGCGAUAAUGUUCCUAACAUUAGACUAAGGAAAUUCUGGUUUGAUGACCCGAGAAAGAGAAGAAAAUAUGUUAUAUCCGCUGUAGGAUGUAGAUGCAGAGAUUCGAAGCAACAUCUUUGGAAGGCUUAUAGAAAAAACACUCUACAAGAAGCAUUUGAUGCACGACCAGGUCUGGUUCCAGAAGACCAAUGGAAAGAGUUUGUGGAAAUACAAUUCACUGAUAAGGCAAAGGUUCUCCACAUGACUAUGAGGACAAUUACUAUGAGGACAAACAUGGUGAAACGGUCUCAAUCCAAGGGAGGAACAUCAAAUGGACCUAAUUUGGGAACCGGAAGAGGUAAGGAGUCCGAAAUGUACCUCUGUGACUCCACAUUGUGGAAACUCACUUGUAGUGUAUAA